GGUCGAGCAAACAGCCUGGAGGUAGAACGGAGCUUCUGAACUCACUUCUAAGGUGUCUAAGCUGGACACUGAGAAAUCAAGCUGCAGCUUUGCAGAAAGCAUCCCUUCUGUUGACUAGCUCUGCAUGUGAUCCUGGGAGAAGCUAAAGAAUACAGGGAACAGAAGGUGAACUAGAGGAGGGGCCAUUCAGGAUCAGGCGGCACUUCAUGGCAAGGCAGCUGCCUAUGAAUCACCCACAGUCCUGAUCUUUCGAAGAUGGUUUGGCUGCCCUGGAGAUUGGGAGAUCUGAUGCCACGAUGAGGACUCAUACACGGGGGGCUCCCAGUGUGUUUUUUAUAUAUUUGCUUUGCUUUGUGUCAGCCCACAUCACGGACGAGAACCCAGACGUCAUGAUUCCCUUCACCAAUGCCAACUACGACAGUCACCCAAUGCUGUACUUCUCCAGGGCAGAGGUGGUAGAGCUCCAGCUCAGGGCUGCCAGCUCCCAUGAACACAUUGCAGCAAGGCUCACAGAGGCCGUGCAUACCAUGCUGUCUAGUCCCUUGGAAUACCUCCCUCCCUGGGAUCCCAAGGAAUACAGUGCCCGUUGGAAUGAAAUCUAUGGAAAUAACUUGGGUGCCUUGGCGAUGUUUUGUGUGCUGUUUCCUGAGAACAUCGAAGCCCGAGACAUGGCCAAAGACUACAUGGAGAGGAUGGCAGCGCAGCCUAGUUGGUUGGUGAAAGAUGCACCUUGGGAUGAAGUCCCGCUUGCUCACUCCCUGGUGGGCUUCGCCACUGCUUAUGACUUCUUAUACAACUACCUGAGCAAGACACAACAGGAGAAGUUUCUUGAAGUGAUUGCCAAUGCCUCGGGCUAUAUGUAUGAAACCUCGUACAGGAGAGGAUGGGGGUUUCAGUACCUGCACAACCACCAGCCCACCAACUGCAUGGCUUUGCUCACAGGAAGCCUCGUUCUGAUGAAUCAAGGGUAUCUUCAAGAGGCCUACUUGUGGACCAAGCAAGUUCUGACCAUCAUGGAGAAAUCUCUGGUCUUGCUUCGAGAGGUGACAGAUGGGUCCCUCUAUGAGGGAGUUGCAUACGGAAGCUACACCACUCGCUCUCUCUUCCAGUACAUGUUUCUUGUACAGAGACACUUUGGCAUCAACCACUUCAACCAUCCAUGGCUUAAACAACACUUUGCAUUUAUGUAUAGGACCAUCUUGCCAGGGUUUCAAAGAACCGUGGCUAUUGCAGACUCAAAUUACAACUGGUUUUAUGGUCCAGAAAGCCAGUUAGUGUUUCUGGAUAAGUUUGUCAUGCGUAAUGGCAGUGGAAACUGGCUAGCUGACCAAAUUCGAAGGAACCGUGUGGUAGAAGGCCCAGGCACACCUUCCAAAGGACAGCGUUGGUGCACUCUGCACACAGAAUUUCUCUGGUAUGAUGCCAGCUUGAAGUCGGUUCCACCUCCAGAUUUUGGCACCCCCACAUUGCAUUAUUUUGAAGACUGGGGUGUUGUGACUUAUGGAAGUUCACUACCUGCAGAAAUUAAUAGAUCAUUCCUUUCCUUCAAGUCAGGAAAACUUGGGGGUCGUGCAAUAUAUGACAUUGUCCACAGAAACAAAUACAAAGAUUGGAUCAAAGGCUGGAGAAAUUUCAACGCAGGGCAUGAACACCCUGAUCAAAAUUCAUUCACUUUUGCUCCCAACGGUGUGCCUUUCAUUACAGAGGCACUGUAUGGGCCAAAGUACACCUUCUUCAACAAUGUUCUGAUGUUUUCUCCAGCUGUGUCAAAGAGCUGUUUUUCUCCAUGGGAGGGUCAGGUCACAGAAGACUGCUCAUCAAAAUGGUCAAAAUACAAGCAUGACCUGGCAGCUAGCUGUCAGGGGAGAGUGGUUGCAGCAGUGGAGAAAGAUGGAGUGGUUUUCAUCCGAGGAGAAGGAAUGGGAGCUUAUAACCCCCAGCUCAACUUGAAGAACUUUCAGAGGAAUCUGAUCCUCCUGCACCCACAGCUUCUCCUCCUUGUAGACCAAAUACACCUGGGAGAGGAGAGCCCCCUGGAGACAGCAGCAAGUUUCUUCCACAACGUGGAUGUUCCUUUUGAGGAGACGGUGGUAGAUGGGGUCCAUGGGGCUUUCAUCAGACAGCGAGAUGGUCUCUAUAAAAUGUACUGGAUGGAUGAUACUGGUUACAGUGAGAAAGCAACUUUUGCCUCAGUGACAUACCCUCGGGGAUAUCCCUACAAUGGGACAAACUAUGUAAAUGUCACCAUGCACCUCCGAAGUCCCAUCACCAGGGCAGCAUACCUCUUCAUAGGGCCAUCUGUGGAUGUUCAGAGCUUCAGCAUCCAUGGAGACUCCCAGCGACUGGAUGUGUUCAUAGCCACCAGUGAACAUGCCUAUGCAACUUACCUGUGGACAGGGGAGAACGCAGGACAGCCUGCCUUUGCACAGGUCAUUGCAGAUCGUCAGAAAAUUCUGUUUGACUGGAAUUCAGCCAUCAAGAGCACAAGUGUCCCUGAGGUGAAGGACUAUGCCGCCAUUGUGGACCAGAGUCUGCAGCAUUUUAAGCCAGUGUUCCAGCUGCUGGAGAAGCAGAUCCUGUCCCGAGUCCGGAACACAGCUAGCUUCAGGAAGACUGCUGAGCGCCUGCUGAGGUUUUCUGAUAAGAGACAGACCGAGGAGGCUAUUGACAGGAUUUUUGCCAUAUCGCAGCAGCAGCAGCAGCAGCAGCAGCAGAGCAAAUCAAAGCGAAACCGAAAGGCUGGCAAACGCUACAAGUUUGUGGAUGCCGUCCCUGAUAUUUUUGCACAGAUUGAAGUCAAUGAGAAAAAGGUUCGACAAAAGGCACAGAUUUUGGCACAGAGAGAACUCCCUAUAGAUGAAGAUGAAGAAAUGAAAGACCUUUUAGAUUUUGCAGAUGUGACCUACGAAAAACAUAAAAAUGGGGACUCAGUGAAAGAUCAGCUUGGACAUGUGCGGAUGACAACUCAUGGCAGAGCCCCGCCUCUGUCUGCUUCAUACACCAAGCUGUUCCUGAUUCUGAACAUUGCCAUCUUCUUUGUCAUGUUAGCAAUGCAGCUGACUUACUUCCAAAGGGCUCAGAGCCUACAUGGCCAAAGAUGUCUGUACGCGGUCCUCCUGAUAGAUAGCUGUGUCCUGUUGUGGCUGUACUCCUCCUGUUCUCAGUCUCAGUGUUAGCCCGGGUGGAUUGCUCGGUCACUUUCUGUUCACAAGAGCCUAUGCAAAAGAUACUGCCCUACUCUGUAACAAUUUCUUUUAGACUCAUUUUAACAAAUUAAGACAUUUUCACACAAGAAAGCAGGGAUAUGAAAUGAUCUGAAUAGACCAGGCAAAGAAUUGUCUAUGGUGUAUGCGUCGCUUGGCUGUCCUGGUGUUUCUGGAAAUGUUUGGCUUUACAGAUAGCCCCUAUUAGUGUGAUACUCUUAGAAGAGCUCCCACGAGUCUGAUCUUUAAGUAAUAGUUUUUUAAUAUAAACAGAGUUAGAUAGAAUUGGGCUUUAUUAUCAUUAAUUUAAUGCUGUUAGAAAUGUCAAGAUACUAUAUGAUGGAACGUAUUGAAACACAAUUUCUAGAAAAACAGACUUUUAAAAAUUGAAUGACAUAAAUUGUUAUUAAAAGAACUGGCUGACUGUUCAGAUAAUUUAGUAAAAAUGGUGACGGAAGAUCAUUAAAACCAAAAAUACAUUUCAAUAGGAAACAUCUACAAAUGAAUAUUUCCUUGGUGAUGUUGGUCUCUGCAGGCAUAUAAUUGGUUGCUUUUAUAAAUUUGUUGGCUUUUCAUAAAUAAUACAAAUACAGAUAACUUAACAUCUUACUUGCCUUAUACAUAAAACUGUUGUAGAUCCAGUGGUUGAACUAUUCCAAAUAAAAUAUUUUAUAUCCUGAAUUUAAAUACCAAAGAACAUGGGGAAUCUGAAGUUUUGGUGUCAUUCUUAUGGUCUUUAUUGGAAAUUUUACAUUUAUUUUGUUAAAUAAACCAAUUGUAUUUGUGA